AUGAGAAGUGGGAAUCCCAGCUCAGAGUUCUGCUCGUCGUUCCUUGUGCACAGCAUUUGCGCACUAGCGUCCAUGCACCGCAGCGAUCAAGCGGUCUUUUCUGAGGAGGGAAACAUGCUAACACGUGGAGACCGCUUUCACAAGCAGGCUCUACGCCUGUAUUAUGCAGAAGAAGGCCGAGCUUCACUGACUAACCUACAAGCUGUAAUGAUACUGAUCAUGUCUUGUGGAUUUCGUGGUCACGACAAGCUUGGCCUGGGCCUGCUUACUGCCGCCGUUGGUAUGGAGAGCGCACUUACUUCCAUGAGACGUGGAGCACCACCACUGGACGUCAGCGCUUACCAAUCAUUGUCGCCUGUCGAACAAGCUCGGAUCAGGGCGAGAUUUGGUGCAUCUUGCGGGAUUGCCUGCACAGAAAUAUCUUACCGGUCCGCCCUACUCUUAACAUCAGCCUUCUCAGCCUCACAUUUGGAGUCCCUAGCCAGUGGCUGCCAGAUGCUACCCGUACGAACGGAGUACUGGGUUCCCUAUCCGCUGAGCUCAAAUCCUCUUCCCUGGCGCAGGAAUAUCGGUCUUCAAGCGCGCAUGGAGCUUGUCCGGUUGGUUCGCGACCUUUGCGAGCUACUUUUUGGUGUUCGACGAAUCCUGGCAACAGUGGAACUACGACGCAAUGCGACUGCUCUUGCGAAGAGCUUUCACAAUUGGAUGCUGUCACUGCCUGUUGACCUACGUUACUCGAAUAACAUGCCAACUCCAGUAUAUGAGUUGCAUCGACAGUACCUCUGUGCUGUCAUGGUCCUUCACAUAACCGUUUGGAGACAUCUACGUAGUCCCACCGUGACAGAGGAAAUCUCCACGCCUGAACAUUAUCAAGUGGACAAGAAUCAGGACUUCCUUUUGCAGGCUCUCAGCCACGCUAGACAGGGAUCCAGGUUGCUCAAAGACUUCCGAGAAACAUAUGGCCUGCGACUCGUUCCACCUUUUGUGGUGCAGCCGGCACAGAUUGGCAGUUUGCUCUUACUCGAGCAUCUCGACCUUGACCCGAUUUCACCGAUAACGUAA